CACUAACCAUUGCUACUACUAUCCCUAUCGUCAUCCAUCAACACCAUCGAAUUCAUCUCAGCGUAUCUAUUGGAAACACAUCAAAAAUGCGUUCAUAUACACUGAUUGCACACACUGUUAUGAUGAUGGCUUUGCUAGCUGUUACACUGAUGCCAGACAUAGAAGCUGGUGUAUUACUUUCAGCUCAUACUACUACUACUACUACUACUACUACUACUACUACUACACAAACAACACCCGACAUGCCACCUCCAUCUGGGUGGCAAAAAUUCCUUGAAGGAUUCCUUUCAUUACUUUCAACUAUUGAGAUAAAAGGAAAGCGAAAAGACCGUCAGACUGUUCAUCAUAGAAUAAUAAACAAUUAUAAUCUUGUAAAUUUACAGGAGGAGAAUUUUUCAUAGUGCUUGAAGCUACGCACUGAAAAGUAAAACAAAAAUCUACGAAUGCUAACAAAAUAAUACUUUAAUUUUCUACUAAUAAAUCAACUAAUUAAUAACUUUAUUGACAAUUUCUUUAAAAUGUAAUCUCUAAUAUAAAUGAAAAAUUACCAUGUUAAUAAAAAUUGAAAAUAAACGCUAAUUCUGCUCAAAUUGUUUUAAAAUGUCACUAACUGACACAAAAGAAUGACUAUAUUUCUUGAAGAUAACCAGAUGAACACUGUUAGAGAGAAAUACUACUACAUACAAGACUAGUUAUCAUAUAGUGGGAUAUUAUUAUAAUCACAGCGAUUCUAAUAUUAACAGUACUAAGGCAACUACUACUUCUACUGAUAUUACAGC